AUGCAUUUCGACAAGGGUGACGGCAAGGGGCCAACCCUCCAAGACGAGGAGAACUACUGGCAGACUUUACGUCUGUCCCAGGAGCUCGAAGAUGAGCAGCUUGAUCGGAUGUUCAUGGCAAAAGCCGGCGAAGCUCGCCAUCGCCUGGAUAUCCUGAACCAGGAAAAGCGGGAGCUCGAGAUGCGUGCCCUUGAAAACCACAAAGCCAUUGCCAGGGAGCAUGCUCUCCUAGAGGAUCUUACUUACAGCAUCCAUGAAGAGAGACAGAAUGUCCGCAUGGUACGCGAAGCAAGGAUUCAACAGAUGCAGGCUUACUUCAGCGCUCAUCGACGCAGAGAAAAUGACGAGCGCGCUAGGAUAGCGACUGCUGCCCUCGGUGCCUCGCGGUGCGAUCCUGAAAGCACCGACCGGUCGCAGACUAGUGACAUCGCCAAUGGAGCUGAGCCCAAUGGUGUAAGCACGAACGGAGAGCAAAACGGCAAGAUACCUACGCCGCCACCAAUUCCCAGCAUUCCAGAAAAGGCGCCAGUGACCAUUAUUACCGAUGCCGCGGGCCAAGCUCUGGGACCUGUUCACCGCAUCGCAGUGGGAGGCAACGCCGCCUUACUUCUCGAUAGAGCCCCUAAGAGGGUCGUACAGUUGCGCCGGGGCGUACACUUUGGCCAGCAUGAGUUGAUAAGACUCCACGAGGACAAAGACCUAUGGAUUGCAGCUAUGAUACAAGCUACUGGUGAAUUUCAUCCGCCGCCACGACAUUGCAGCCUGUGUGCCCAAGGAGACGGCCCCUUUGCGAACUGCGUUGUCGCCGAAGGGUUUGGGACUUGCGGAAAUUGCUAUUGGGAGAAGAAAAGGUGCGUGGGCAUAUCACUCGAAGAGCGGCCACCGCCCAUGCCUCACCAUGCCAAAUUGUUGAGCCAAGAUGAUGGUUACACAAACGGCACGGCUACUCCCAUGUCAUUUAGUCGACCAGUUUCUCGGGACAAAAGCACGGUGGGAUCGACGGUCACCGAUGAGACAGCGGAAGAGGACCACACACCGAUUACUCAGGCCAAUCUACUUCUCAAGCAUGACGGCAACGUCUACACCCACCCAGAGUGCAUGCAAGGCGUCCCUGUUGAGAAGAUUGAUCCCAACCACCCUUACUGGGACCCUUCUUGGCCAGAGAUAGCGCCAAUGGUUGAGCUUACUUUGGAGAGCUGGCGAGCGAAGCUGGACACUGCGCUCCGAAACGGACAAACGGGCAUGAAGUUCCAGCUCGGCCGGCAGGUUAACCGGGGUGAACUCAUAAUGAAGUUUUUGAAGGAAGGAAACUUCAACCCUUAUCAGCUGAUAUCUAAGAAGUAUAUUACACAGAGGUUGGUAUCCUACGAUACUGUCUUCCGCCUAGCAGACACGUUGAAGAACUUGGAGGGUUUCAAAACGCUCGACAUCACCCCACUCGAGUGGCUUCGCCAGCGCCUGCACGAGCUCAUUAUUGAAAGCGGACCCGAAUUCAAUUUGGCCAAGAUUAUUCACGACUUCUACCAUGACCGCAAAUAUGUCGACCUACGACAUGCCAAUGGUAAGAAGAGCAUCGGUAGGCCAUCAGGCAUCAAGAUGACGCCCAAGGACUCGCCAAACUCGUCCAAGAUGACGCCGAACGCGAAAAAACGAAAGCUUUUCGUCAGCGAGGAAUUUCCUGGUAUGCAGCAGCAGCAACGGCCCCUCGCACCGACGCCUUCGCCCCAAAUUCAGACCCAUCUUCAGCAAGAAGACACGGAUGCUAGUGCCCCAUCAACACCUGACCUUGCGAAGGCUGCGAAGAGGCUCAAAGAACGAUCUCACAGCAAGUCUAUGGAUACGGAUCUCAGCUACGAUGGAUACACCGACGUCGACGACUACAGCAGAGACUCAAUCGGUAAACAUGACUGGGCCCUACAUCGGAUCAAGUCGCGACUGAACACAGUGGGCACGGGCGUGACUCAGUACUGGCAUUGGAUUCCAGACGACGGUGAACAGGUGUUUGAGCAUCAGGUUCUUGCAGAGGGUGAUAAUUUCACCUGGGGCAUCUACGCUAAGCCGAUUAACUUUCAUCUGGAAUUGGAUCAUAUCGAAGAGAUGAGGUGGGCCGCCGACACGGAAAAGAUUAUUGUGGUCUGUAAACCAGGCGUUGUACCGUCACCAGACGGUAAGCCGAGAGGAGACAUUCUUGCGGAAUUCAAGCGGUCAAGGACCAAACGGCGGUUUUUGGUUUUCUGCCGCAAGAAGGGCAUCGAAGUGGUCAAGACGGAGGCGAAUCUCAUUGAGAAGGCUUGGGAUGAGUAUGAAUCGCCUGACGUUCCGGCCAUGGCAGAGUCGGAGAUUGCUUGA